UGCCACUUGAGGACACCCUCAGGUAUGAAAUUCAAGUCCAAAGAGAACUGUGUGAACAACUUGAGGUGCAGAAGAAGCUGCAGAUGCGAAUAGAGGCUCAAGGGAGAUAUUUAAAGGAAAUACUAGAGAAAGCUCAAGAAAACAUUUCCUUUGAUGCAAAUGGAUCUGCUGGCCUAGAAAAUGCCAGAUCCCAGCUUACAAACUUUAACCUAGACCUUCCGGGCUUGUCGGACAAUGGAACACAUGUGUAUGAAGAAAGCAGUGAACAGUUGGUGAAAGCUAUAUCUGAUGACAAUCUUCAUGAUAAUAAUUUGGAUUUUCAGCUCUAUCGUGUACGAAGUCAGGAGGCGAAGAAUGACAAAUGCACCCCGAAAACUGAGGACCUGCUCUUAUUAGACUUGAAUAUUAAAGAAGGAUAUGACCUGUCUUCGUGAGGAAUGCAAGGGUGAGUCAGAAUCCAAAGAUUAACCAACAGAGGAAAUAGAGAUAUAUUUCAGCAAUCUGACAGUUUUGGGGAGUUUCACUGUUUGCUAUUAGAAUUUGUUUCCCUAUGGCAGUGCUUAGCAUGCUGGGUCACAAGUUUGACUUACUCUGUGAUAAUGU